UGACAACCUAAAAUGAGUUUGCUCAUUUUUUUAGUGCUAAUACUAUCAAUCGGGGCCUCUAGUGCUUCUAAUGCGACGAACAACAAGCGCUUCCCGGAGAAUUUCCUCUGGGGUUGCGGCACUUCGGCCUAUCAAAUCGAAGGAGGAUGGAACGCCGAUGGAAAAGGCCCAAGUAUUUGGGACAACAUCACCCACGAAAACCCUAAUUUCAUUAAAGACGGCAAAAACGCCGACGUUUCAGCGGAUUCCUACCACAAAUACGAAGUAGACAUCGCCAUGUUAAAGGAACUCGGCGUGAACUUCUACAGGUUCUCCAUAUCCUGGCCCAGAGUACUACCAACAGGUUUCCCCGAUAACGUAAACCAACCAGGCGUGUUGUACUACAAAAACCUGAUAGCAGAAUUGAGAUCGAACGGCAUCGAGCCGGUGGUAACCAUGUACCACAACGAUCUGCCGCAAACGCUGCAAGAUCGCGACGGCAUCAAGAACCCCGACUUCGUCGACUGGUUCGCCCAGUACUCGAGGUUCUGCUUCCAGACCUUCGGCGACGACGUCCACUACUGGCUGACCAUCAACGAGCCCUACGUCGCUUGUACGAUCGGCUUUUACUCCGUGGUGUACGUCGAUGGGAUCGACGAUUACGUUUGUAUGAAGAACUUCCUCCUAGCCCACGCCACCGCUUGGCACAUUUACCACGAGGAAUUGAAGAUGAAAGGUAAAGUAGGUAUCGUGUUGAAUUCCAACUGGUUCGAGCCGGAGACUAACAGCACCGAGGAUUUGGAGGCUUCGGAAAGAACCAUGCAGUUUAUAUGGGGGUGGUUGGGUCAUCCCUUGUACAAAGGCGACUACCCGGAGAUAAUGAAAAUUCGAGUAGCCAACCGGAGUAAAUUGGAAGGGUACAAUCAAUCGCGCAUCCAAGAAUUGACCAGCGAGGAAAUCGCCUUCGCUAAAGGGACCAACGAUUUCUUCGCGGCUAAUACCUACACCACGUCGAUGGUGAAACGUAUUCCAGAAGCACCGAUUGGCACGCCUAGUCAUAAUAAGGAUUUGGGGGUUGAGAGUUACCAGCCGUCGAAUUGGCAGAGCACCGGGUUGGAUUGGUUGAAGGUGGUCCCUUGGGGGAUGAGAAAAUUGCUCAAAUGGAUCAAAAACGAAUAUUCGAAUCCGCCGAUUUUGAUAACGGAAAAUGGUUAUGCCGAUUCUACAGGAGAACUUGAAGAUACAAGUCGAAUGAAUUAUAUUCGAGAUUACUUAAGUUACAUUAGAGAUGCGAUGGAAUAUGAUGGAGUAAAUGUUAUUGGCUACAGUUACUGGUCCCUAAUGGAUAAUUUUGAAUGGGUUUCUGGAUAUACGGCAAAGUUUGGGGUUAUUAAUGUUAAUUUUACUGAUCCUGAGAGAACCAGAACCAGAAAAUUGUCUUCAUACUAUUAUGAAAAAGUGAUACGUAACAGAUGUUUGGUAGACGAUUGCCAGGAUUAGUUUUAUAUUAUUAAUUGAAAAUAAACUGUAUACUUACAACUUAA